AUGCAGAAUCGUGGCGAAGAUUGGAGGAACCAAUUGCAAGCCCCGCCCAGGGACAACCGAUUAAAAACCACAGAUGUCACGGCGACCAAAGGAAACAGCUUCGAGGACUAUUAUUUGAAGCGUGAACUUCUUAUGGGCAUUUUCGAGAAGGGCUGGGAAAAUCCAUCUCCCAUCCAGGAGGAGAGCAUUCCCGUUGCUUUGGUGGGAAGAGAUAUUCUUGCUAGGGCCAAGAAUGGUACGGGGAAAACGGGUGCUUUCACCAUUCCUACGUUGGAGAGGAUUGACUCGAAGCUGGAGGCAAUUCAGGCGCUCCUUCUUGUUCCUACUCGCGAGCUUGCUCUUCAAACAGCACAAGUGUGCAAAGAAUUGGGGAAACAUUUGGGGAUCGAGGUUAUGGUUACGACUGGCGGAACCAGUCUGAAGGACGACAUUAUGCGUUUGUAUUCUACCGUGCAUGUUUUGGUAGCUACUCCUGGGCGUGUGGUGGAUCUGGCGAACAAAGGUGUUGCUGACCUGAGCAAGUGCAACAUUAUGGUUCUGGAUGAAGCAGACAAGCUGCUUUCUCAUGAUUUCAUGCCUAUUUGUGAGGAGCUCGUGACCAAAUAUAUGCCAAGGAACUGCCAGAAGAUGCUCUACUCAGCGACUUUCCCAGUCACUGUUGCGCAGUUCAAGGACAAGUACAUGCGAGAGCCCUUUGAGAUCAAUCUCAUGGAGGAAUUGACUUUGAAAGGUAUUACUCAAUUUUAUGCCUAUGUGGAAGAAAAGGCCAAAGUCCACUGCUUGAACACCCUUUUCUCGAAGCUUCAAAUCAACCAGAGCAUUAUUUUCUGCAACUCCUUCAACAGGGUAGAGCUUCUUGCCAAGAAAAUCACUGAGUUGGGAUAUUCUUGUUUCUACAUCCAUUCCAAAAUGCAACAGGCACAUCGCAACCGUGUUUUCCAUGACUUCAGGAACGGAGCGUGCAGAAAUCUGGUGUCUUCUGAUCUUUUUACACGUGGAAUUGAUAUUCAGUCUGUCAAUGUCGUGAUCAACUUCGACUUCCCGAAGAACUCCGAGACUUACUUGCACAGAGUGGGUAGGAGUGGUCGCUUCGGUCACUUGGGUCUUGCGAUCAAUUUGAUCACCUACGAUGAUAGGUUCAAUUUGUACAAGGUGGAACAAGAGUUGGGAACGGAAAUCAAGCCUAUUCCUCCUGCAAUCGACAAGGGAUUGUAUUGCGCUUAA